AACAAAACAAGUACACAAAAAAAAUUAGUCAAUAUUUUUCAGUUUUCUUUUCCUUUAGAAAGUGAUUUAGACAAAUUUAUCAAUAUACUAGAAUAAAUCUAACUAAAAUCUGCUGUUUUAACCAUAUUCUUUGCAAAAUGGAUUUGGGAGAAACCGUUGAGGAUGAUCAAAAGUUUGUUAUAUACAAACAUGAAGAUUUGUUUAGCGAAAGUUUUCCUUUAAUGAAGGAAAUACGACGUAUGGGCAAAUUAUGUGAUGUGACCUUAAAGGUGGAAGAUCAAACAUUCUCCGCCCAUCGUAUUGUUUUGGCUGCCACCAUACCCUAUUUCUAUGCCAUGUUCACCAAUAAUAUGGCCGAAAGUCGCAUCAAGGAGAUAACCAUGAAAGAAAUCGAACCCACAGCUUUGGAAAGUUUGAUCAACUUUGCGUACAGCGGUCAAGUGCGUAUUGAUAAUCAAAAUGUCCAAAGUCUUAUGAUGGGUGCCUCAUUUCUGCAAUUGCUUAAAGUACGAAAUGCCUGUGCGGAUUUUCUAAUAUCACGCUUUCAUCCUCAUAAUGUAUUGGGCAUUAAACAUUUUGCCGAUUCCAUGAGUUGUACGCAUUUAAUACGGGCCGCCGAUAAAUAUAUUGAUUCAAAUUUCACUAAAGUCUCUCAGUCGGAAGAGUUUUUAGGACUCGACUUUGAGGAGUUAAUUGAACUUAUAAAGAGUGAUUUUCUUAAUGUUAAAUCAGAAGAGAUUGUUUUCGAAGCCUGUAUGAAAUGGGUAAAAUACUCCGAAGAUAAACGUUCGUCCUUGUUUCCACAAGUUCUGGCACAAGUUCGUUUGCCAUUGUUGUCGCCACAAUUUCUGGCCGAUCGAGUUGCACGAGAGGAAAUGAUACGAUCGUCGCAUCAGUGUCGUGAUUUAUUGGACGAAGCUAAAGAUUUCCAUUUGAUGCCGGAACGUAGGGGUCUUUUGCAAAGUUUUAGGACUCGACAAAGAGGUGAAUUUAUUUCGGGACAAAUUUAUGCUGUUGGCGGUUUGGCCAGUAAUGGAGAAUCGGUUAGUACUGUUGAAAUUUAUGACCCAUUAACACAGAAAUGGCGUAUGGGCGAACAAAUGUCUAUGAUGAGAUCACGCGUUGGCGUAGCUGUUAUGGAUGGUAAAUUAUAUGCAUUUGGUGGUUUUAAUGGUUCCGAACGUUUAUCUACCGUGGAGGUAUAUGAUCCCAAGAAGAAUGUAUGGUCUCAGGGUAGUGCUAUGAACUGUAAAAGAAGUGCUGUGGGUGUAGCCGCUUUAAAUGAUUGCAUAUAUGUUUGUGGUGGUUAUGAUGGGGUUACCUCCCUCAACACUGUUGAGUGCUAUUGUCCCAAUACGGAUAUUUGGAAAACUGUAGCACCCAUGAUGAAAUAUCGUUCAGCUGGUGGUGUAGCCGCCUUAGAUAGUUUUGUUUACGCCUUGGGUGGUCAUGAUGGUCUCUCCAUUUUCGAUUCUGUAGAACGUUACGAUCCCAUUAAUGAUGUUUGGCAUAAAAUGAAACCCAUGUUAAAUCGUCGUUGUCGUCUGGGUGUGGCAGCAUUAAAUGGCAGACUUUAUGCCUGUGGUGGUUACGAUGGCAAUUCAUUUUUACGCUCAGUAGAGGUUUAUGAUCCCAUUAAAGAUUCCUGGUCCUUGGUAACUCCCAUGAAUUGUAAACGUAGUCGUGUGGCUUUGGCAGCCAAUAUGGGUAAACUAUGGGCUAUUGGUGGUUAUGAUGGUGAGACAAAUCUUUCUACCGUUGAAGUUUAUGAUCCGGAAACAGAUACUUGGACUUUUGUACCCUCAAUGUGUGCUCAUAGUGGCGGUGUGGGUGCUGGUGUUAUACGUAAUGAAUAAAAUAUAGAUAUUUUGCUUUUUUAUGACACUCUUUAUCUUCAGGUUAGUUUUAAUUAGUUAUUAUUUAGUUUUAAUCAUGUUUACUUUCUCAUUUUUUUUCUAUUCUACAAAUUUUUAUAUUUUUUAAUGUGUUCUAUAUACAAACAUCAUGAAAAU